CCAACGUGUAGUCUCAACCCUGUUGGCGCUCAGUGUCUCGCAAGCUGCAGCACAACAACGGCAUUCCCAACCUCCUGCCUCUCCUCCAAGAGAACUUGAGCAUCCUUUUCGUCAACCAGCGCCCCUGCCCCAAUCUCUUCGACCCUUCCGCGCAGCGCAGCUUCAAACAUACCUACCCAAUCAGCCGCAACUAAAAUUAUCCCUUAACAGUGGGUCUUCCACAACCUCACAACCGCAGCAUCAGUCUCCCAUCUCCACCUCGGUCUCUACUCUCUCCUGCUCUAACCAGACUAACCUUGACCUUCCCUGCACACACUUCCCGCCUCUUUUUGCUUUUUCCCGCCCAAACUUCCAAUGGGCACUUUGAUGUUUCCUGAUAUGGGCUGGGGGUUUGGCGCCAUUCUUGGCAUGGGCGGUUCUUGCUUUGUGUCGUACGUUAACGAGACGACGGUACACAAAUCAUGGCAGAUUUGGGUGGAUGGGAAGAGGCGCUCUUACUAUCCAGAAACUGCGAGGAGGAUCUGGCGCGAGAGUAUACCAUCUACAAGCACCUCGGUGAACACGAUUGUAUCUUGCGCUGCUUCGGCCUUGAUGAGAUUCACCAUCCAGGUGUCCACGCUCUGCGCCUCGAGCUAGCGCCGCUAGGAACCGUACGUGGCCUUAUACAGAAACUCCCGGGUGAACCGCUACCCGAGUUGACAAGGGUACAAAUGUGUCGCGACGCUGUCGACGGGCUUGUCCACAUUCAUUCACGGCACGUCUGGCACUCGGACAUCAGCUGCCGAAAUCUUAUGCUAUUCGACGGUUAUCGUGUCAAAAUCGGUGGCUUUGGCGGGUCUAUUAUCCAGGGGCGCGAGUCGUCAUUUCCGGUUACUGUGGCCGAAGAAGCUCAGUACGAGCUACCGUGCCGUGGACGGGAUAGGGACCAGAGGCCGACCAUGAAGAGAGAGCUCUUUGCACUCGGAUCGUGCAUGUACGAGAUCAUGGCGUGGAUGCGGCCUUUCCAAGGUCUGCCCGAUAGUGAGGUGACCAGGCGGUAUGAGCGCAACGAGUUCUCGUCCCUGGAUGGCAUCCCCGUCACGAUUGCAGAAGCUAUAUGGAAUUGCUGGCACGAGGCCUAUGACUGUGCUGAUCAGGUGGCUGAAUCGCUGCAAGAGAUACAAUUACCAAUCGACAGAGACGAAGCUGCAUUUGAUUCAAUAGCGGAGAAGGAGGAGGGGCGAUGAUUGACUUGAAACCUCUGGGAUGAACCAUUGGAGACGGGCCAAGCAGUACCUAUAUACCAUAUAAUCUACUAGCACCCAUAUGGUGUACUGUACG